UGUUAUUGAUAUUUUUCUAAUCAACAAUAAUUUAUUUGAAUUAGUACCAUUGAAAUCUAUUACAAACAUUGAUGAUAUACAGAAAAAUUCACAAUUUGACAAUAAUGUGGUCAAUGUCGAUGUCGAUGUCGAUGUUGUUUACACAUGGGUGAAUGGAAGUGAUCCAAAUUUAUUUCAUUCAUUAUUCAAUCAAACAAAUCAAUUAUUUAUUAAUGAAUUAUCUCAAUCAUGUACAGCAGCAGCAGCAGCUCCUGUUUGUGAUGAUCAUUAUUCUUAUUGUAUUCAUUUGCCUAUCGUAAUUGUUCGACCUAAAAUAAUAACCCGAACGAAUAAUUUUCCAAUGAAAAAUGUUAUUCGAUUUGAACAUGACAAUACUUUAUCGGACAACAACAACAACAGCAACUAUACAAUAUUGUUUUUUUCCGAUAUAAAAUACGUUCGUGAAUUUUAUUCCGAUUGUAUUCGUAUUAUCGAUGGAACAAUUUAUAAAUUUUCACCAACAUUUAUAAUGUCGACAAAUGAUCAGAAUAACAGUACAAUUAAAUUGGAUUCAUUGUUAAUGCUUCGAACAAAAAUAACUUCUCUUAACAAUCAACAAAAUCAUGAUCCAUUAUUCAAAUAUUUGGAUUUUAUUGAAAGAUCCGAUUUUCAAUUUCUUAAUUUAAGUUUAAAUGAAAAUUUAACGAAAAUUUAUUUAUAUACAAAAUUGAAUCCAAAAAUCAACAUUACAAACAUAAUUACAAAACUUAAAUCUUUGACAGAUUUUGAAUUACAUUAUCCAAUCAAUCUACAAAUUACAGAUCAUUUAUUUUUCAAACGUCAAUUACAAACAAACGAAAAUAUAGCCAAAAAUCGAUUUUUUGACAAUGAUGAAUUAAAAUAUUCGUUACGUUCAUUACAUCAAUAUGCACCAUGGAUUCGUUAUAUUUAUAUAGUGACCAAUGGGCAAAUUCCCAAUUGGCUUAAUUUGGAACAUCCUAAAAUACGAAUAAUAACACAUCAAGAGAUUUUCGUGAACCAAAGUCAUUUGCCAACAUUCAGUUCAUCGGCAAUCGAAUCUCAUAUCCAUCGUAUCAAAAAUUUAUCAAAAUAUUUUCUCUAUUUCAAUGAUGAUAUAAUAUUGGGCAAAUCAAUCUUUUUGGAUGAUUUUUUUACAAAAAGCAGAGGAUUUCGUAUCUAUCUAUCAUGGCCAGUGCCUAAUUGUGCCAGCGGUUGUCCACUCAAUUGGCUGAAUGAUGGUUUCUGUGACAAAGCUUGUAAUUCAUCACGAUGUCUUUGGGAUGGUGGAGAUUGUUUGAACAAUACAACAAUGCAAACACAAACCCAACAAUCGAACAAUAACGAAAUCAAUCAAAAAUCAAAUGUUCGUCCAUUCUAUUGUGCUACAAAUUGUAUAACUAAUUGGCUGGGAGAUUCUUCCUGUGAUCAAGUUUGUAAUAAUACUGAUUGUGCAUUCGAUAUGGCCGAUUGUGGUGUGGAUAAUUUUCAACAAUUUUAUCAGAUCAUAAUUGAAAUCGAUAAAUACGAAUAUUAUUAUCCAUCGAAUGCUAGCAUAAUCUAUUUGAAUUUUACUAAACUUAAUGAUUAUCGUUAUGAUAGUCGAUCAUUUCCAAUUAAGAUUAUCGAUAUCAGUUAUAAUGUAUCAUUUAUACAUAGUGCCGUUUUAAAUGAACAUUAUCGAAUUUUAACAUUAAUGUUUGAACAGAAUAUAGUGAAAGGUGAUUUGAAUCUAAACUUAACAGCAUCGUUUCGGAAAAAAAUUUUCAAUUUUAACAUUUUCAUUCACUGUGAUGUUAUGAUAACGAAAACGUUAAUAAAUUAUACAUCAUCAUCACCAUCAUUUUUCAAUUUAAGUUUAAUGAUUAAUGAAGAAAAACUAAGAUAUUCGAAUAUUCUUGAGGAAAGAAAACGACGUCGUUAUUCGAAACAUCAUUCAACCAUAUCGUGUGGAAAUGAUUUACAAGAUAUUUCAGAUGAAAUUAGUUGGAAAUUUCAUAAAAUCGACAAUCAUCAAGGAUUUGAUUAUGAACAGAAAAAAUUUUAUUCCAAAGUAAAAAGCUUAUAUCAUCAAUUAAUUUGUGAUGCAAAUUCAAAUUUAAAUGAAAUGAAAGAAAAAUUAUCCGAAUAUUUUCAAAAAAAUUCGGAUGAAUUUGUUCGAUUUAGAUCAAGAAAACUUUUGGAUGCUUAUGCUGAUUCAUUGAUAUAUGUGAAUCAUAUUUAUAAUAAAGAAUUUGGUAUCGAAGUACGAAAAGUUCCAGCUCAUAUGGCACAUUUUAUGGAUCGAGAUAUAAUGUUUCGAUUACAUGAUCGUUUUGGAGAUGAAUUUGAAAAAACUUCAUCACAUAAGAUUCGAAACAGUUUUGAUAUGCAAUUAGCAUUUGCUUAUUAUUAUUUCUUAAUGAGUGAAACAAAAGACGUGAGCUUCGAACAAAUCAUUACCAGUUAUGAUAUCGAUCAUUCUGGAACUUUGAAUCGAAAUGAAUUACAAACAUUGGCCCUUCAAAUUUAUCAUAGAAAUAAUGCUUCAAAUGAACUACAGAAUCAUUUGAAAGAAUGCUGUACCAGCUGUGAUUGGAUCAAUGAUACACAAUCAAUGAAUUCAAUAAAUUUGAACAUUGAAAUUCUACAAAAGUGUUCAUCAUUGAUGGAGCAUGUUGUCAAUAAAUUCGGCAGAAUAAAAGUUAAUAAAUAUGAAAUCAUUAAUGAUGAUGAUGUCGCAUUCAAGAUGUUACGUUCAAAUCGAACAUUACUCGAAAUGGAAUUAGAUGAAUUACGUAUUAAGCGGAAAAAAUUCAUUUGUCUAAAUGACAAUUUUGAUCAUGAUAAUCAUGAUAUAAAGGAGAAAAAAGAAUUAAACAAUAUAUUGAAUAAUUUUUAUUUAAGUUUAUUUCCAUAUCCAUCACCAUUUGAAUUGAAUGAACAUUUUCAAAAUCCAUUUCUACAUAUUGAUCAAUAUCGAAAAUGGAAUCUACUAACUGGAAUUUAUUUUUUAUUUUUCUAA